CAACAACAACAAUAACACGUGUAACCCUCUCUGAAGAAAGAAACGGCUGAUGUGCAUGUUAACGUAAAAUGGCAGGACAAAAAGCAAGAUUGGUUAUCUGUUUAUUUCGCAACGAUCUUCGUUUUCAUGACAACCAGAUGUUACACUGGGCACACAGGAAUGCUGACUUCGUCUUGCCUCUGUACUGCUUCGACCCUCGUCACCUGAAGGACACAUGGCACUAUCACUUUCCCAAGACAGGUCCUCAUAGACUCCGGUUCUUGUUAGACACUGUCAGAGAUCUGAGGCAAACUUUACAACAGCAUGGCAGUGGGCUUAUUGUGAGAGAAGGAGAGCCAGAGAAGUUAAUCCCAGACCUAAUAAAGAGACUGAGCGCAGGGCAUCAUGUACAUACAGUAGCCUUACAGAAAGAGGUCACAAAGGAAGAACUAGAUGUUGAAACAGCCUUAAUAUCAGCCUGUACACAACAUGGUGUGGAGAUAAAACUGUUUUGGGGAAUGACGCUGUACCACAGAGAUGAUCUGCCCUUUGACCCUAAACAAACUCCAAACGUGUACACCGAGUUCAGGAAGAGUGUGGAGAACAGGUGCUCAGUGCGCCCCCUGGUGGACAUGCCAGCCCAGUUAAGGCCCCUCCCUGGUGGAGUAGAAGGAGGAGACAUACCUGAUUACUCUGCUCAAGUAUCCCUGUCAGAACCUGACCCCAGGUCUGCCUUCCCUUUCCGCGGUGGGGAGACGGCUGCCCUGGAGAGGUUACAGUAUUACCUGUGGGGGUCAGACAAAGUGGCUAGUUACAAGGAGACCCGGAACGGUAUGGUGGGACCGGACUACUCCACCAAGUUCUCACCAUGGUUGGCUUUAGGGAGUCUUUCACCACGGCAGAUUUACUGGGAAAUGAAACGUUAUGAGGAACAGCGCACAGCCAAUCAGUCCACAUACUGGGUGAUUUUUGAGUUGUUAUGGAGGGAUUACUUCAAAUUUGUGGCCAUAAAGUUUGGAGACCGGUUGUUCUAUAAAAGUGGUCUUCUUGGGAAACAUGUCCCCUGGAGAGUUGAUAUGAAUUUGUUUAACGCAUGGAAAGAUGGCAGGACAGGUGUGCCAUAUGUGGAUGCUAACAUGAGAGAGCUGAAGGUCACAGGGUUCAUGUCUAACAGAGGCAGACAGAACGUUGCCAGCUACUUGACCAAAGAUCUGAAGUUAGAUUGGAGAUUAGGUGCUGAGUGGUUUGAAUCACUCCUGGUUGACCAUGAUGUCUGCAGUAACUAUGGCAACUGGCUAUACAGUGCAGGUAUUGGUAAUGAUCCUCGUCAAGAUCGCAAGUUCAACAUGAUCAAACAGGGACUGGAUUAUGACUCCAGUGGUGAGUAUGUGAGACAUUGGGUGGAGGAACUAAAGGGCAUCAGUGGAGGAGACAUACACAGGGUGUGGACACUGCCCUCAGGCCUGCUGUCUCGGGCAGGCAUCAGCAUAGGGCUGAACUACCCAUACCCAGUCGUCGUCGCACCAGAGUGGGCAAGACAUUUCGGAAAAUCUGUGAGUACACAGAUGGAAACUCCACUCCUGCAAACCUUAUGGUGUGCAAAGAUGUUUUUUUUCAUACAUGACACAGAAAUUGUUUAAGAGCCACAUUAAUUAAGACAUCUUGAAUUGUGGAACAAGUAGUUGUACAGCUUGGGAUGAGUUUGUUUAGGCAGAUAAAUAUAUCAGUGUCAAUUUUUACCCUAAGCCAGAUGCUGAAGGAUUUUUUUUUUUUUUGGAUAAAAAAGAAGAGAUUUGCAAAAAACAGGAAAUAUGUAAGUGCAAAAUCCCAGUGGACUUUCACCUCUACAUUGUUUUGAUGACAGUACCUCUGCACUUGGGUACCUCUGCACUUGGGUACCUCUGCACUUGGGUACCUCUGUACUUAAGAGAACAACCAAAGCACCCUGUGCUACAUUACCCUCAGAGUGCAUGACCUAUUAAUUUAUGACGCGCCUGUUAAGAUAGCUACCAUUCUCUCCCCAUAAGGUUGGUCAAGUGUCAUGUUAUGGUCUUCAUGAAAGGACUUCUGACAGUACCAGGAUGUACACUGAAAGAAGUGUAUAUCCCACUGUGCAAGGCUUUUGAGAUGAAUAUGUAUCAAAACAAAUUGAUCAAAGUGCAUACAGGACCUAGUCAGUCUUCCCUUCUCUUACAGACAUAUACACAAACCAAAAUAACUGCUCUGGGAAUUGAAAGGGAAUCCCCUGAGAUUGAGCAAACACCCUGUGAGGAGAGGAUUAAAAAUGUCACAGUCUGUACCACCAUAACCGUCUGACUCAUGUGUUCAGAAGAAUAUUUGCUGAACUAGCAAAUAGACCACUGUGGUGGCCUAAUGGGUAGAGCCUCUGCCUCAAAGGCAGGAGGUCCGGCAUCAAACCAGGGUCAGGUCUUACCAGAGGCUUUAAAAAUGGUACUUCCUGCUGCCUUGCUUAGCAAUCAGCAGUGAAAAGGUUCGAGCAAGGAAGC